UGAGAGAAAACAAUAAGGAAACAAUCGAAAAAGUUAAAAACAAAAAAUGUUGGACAAUUCAGUGGGCUUACACGAAGUACAUGUUAAAAAUGUGUAAGCCAUUUGUUACAUUAGUAGCCGUAGCACUACUUGCCUUUAAUCUAGCUGAUGCCAAAUUGGGACUUGAAGUUGGAGCGGUGAAUGUCUUGUCUCGAAAUGUCACAAGAUGUAAGAAUGUAACUAAAGACGUGUCCAUUGACACAUUCAUUUAUACUUAUUGCAGUGGAGGGCAGCAAUGUAGAAUUAAAAGUGGAACAAGACACGAAUCCCAACAUUUUAUCAUUGCCACAGUGGAAACUGAAUUAUACUGUCGUCCUGGAUUCUACCAAACCGGCAAAAGCUGUGAAGAUGAUUGCGUAGAAAUUAAAAAAGCACACAGGGUCUGCUUUCCCGAAUUGGAUCAAUGUUGUCAGAAUGGGGGAACAUGUCUCAAUACCAACUACAAUAUAACCUGUAACUGCUCCGACGGUUGGAUGGGUGAUUACUGCAGUGAGCGCUGUCCAGUAAAUUUCUACGGUCCAAGAUGCAGCCUAGAAUGUCCGGCUUGCAGUAAUGGUGGUUCAUGUGAUCCAGUUAAAGGGCAAUGCGACUGCUCGCCCGGCUGGACUGGACCAACUUGUGAUGAGAAAUGUAGUUCGGGAUGGUAUGGAAAAGAUUGCGCUCUUGAUUGCAGGAGCUGCACCUUGGAUGAUGGUCAAUGUCAUCAUAUAACAGGUGAAUGUGAGUGUUCACUGCCAUAUGGAGGACCAUUCUGUGGAGACGUCUGUCAUGAUGGCGAUAAUGUACAAUGUGGCUGGUUCCCAAACUGUUGUCACAAUGGAGCUACGUGUAACCAAACUGGCAGUGAGAGUAAAUGCAAAUGUCCGCCUGGCUACUGGGGGAAAUUUUGUGAAACACGCUGUACAGGUUUUUGGGGAGAUGUAUGCCAUCGUAGGUGCUUAUGUAAUAAUAAUGCAACGUGUGACCCAACAACAGGGGAGUGUGAAUGCACUCCUGGUUGGUCUGGCAAAUACUGUCAAGAAAGUUUAAAGCCAGCGAUUGACUCUUUAAAAUGUCCAGUCAAUUGCAGUAAGGAUUAUGGUUGUGACCAAGAUGGACAUUGCAUAUGUCCAUCAAAUAUGACAUGGAAUGAAGACACGUCGUCUUGCCUCCGGAUGGCUGACACUAUCCCGAGUAGACGCAAAUGUCCGCCUGGUGUUUUUACUAAGUUCCGUGUAUGUGCCAGUUCAAAUAUUGGUCCGUGUGCUGGUAAGGUAGCAGAAUCCAGUAGUCCAAAUGUUACUACCAUUUCCCUGAUAGCUGUUUUUGGUAUUCUUGCCGUCUUCGUCAUGGUUGCCCUCGUACUCAGAGUUAGAAAUAAAGGACACGAAGAGAAUCCGCGGAUACUGAAAAAAUGUAAUCCUCAAAGCACGCGAAUGCUGUUAGCAGCACAGAAAAUUGAAGAUAAUGCGUACUUAUUUUAUGCUCUGUCCAAAACAGGUGGUAAUGAUGGUGAAGGUGACGAUAACAUAGGCCUUCUCCUAGUCAAUAUACAACCUGAAAACGAAGACGCAACCUAAGAUGACAUGAAAGCUGCACAUAGUGGUCAUUUGUAGCAUAGGCCAUAUAUUUUUUUGGCAUAAUUUGGACCCCGUAGCAUAUAGCAUUACUACUACUACUACACAUAAUUUCAUUUAAAGUAGCAUAACGUAGCAUAGUUUACAAUUAAUGUAAAUUUCGUUACAUAUAGAAAUAUAAAUUGCAAAAUAGUCUGAAAGUGCCAAUUCCUAGCAUCAAGUGCAUAUAUCUUAUUUUUUUAACCUAGAAUGGUGAUCGAUUAGGUUAGAAGGUGUGGCAGUGUGCUAUAUUAGUUUUUAGACAAAUGCUAUAUUGUUUUUAAUGAAAGACACUUGUACGAAUGUCAGUGGUCCUCAAUGUGUUUUUUUUUUCAAUUUCAUUUUGUAUUCAAAAUACCGUACUCGAGCGAAUAAGCGCCCGGGCGCUUAAAAUAGUUUUUGCACUUUUUUGGGGCGCAUUUCAAACGUGGCACUUAUGAAAACAGAGUGGAAAUUGAGGGGGCGAUUAUGGAAAUAGAUGAAAAUUGAGGGGUUUUUAUGUAGACUUAUUAAAUUCAAAGACAUCUUUUAAUGAAAAAGAUUAUAAGAACAUGGAAUCCGAAAAUUACGAAUGGUGGUGCGGCGAAAAAUAUAAUCGUCCAGAGAGCAUGGCUCACAACAAGAUUGCAGUGAGUAUUUACAUAACAGCAGAACAGCAGAUGAAAUAGUGGUGGUGGUUAGCUUGUUGGCCAUCUGCCGAUUGAGAUUAGCAGGAUCAUUGCAGGUUUGCUUGCAAAACCCAGAUGAGAAUGUGCUAA